UCUCUCUCUCAUUCCCAUUUUUAUUCCUCGUUUUCACACCUCAAAAAGCCAAACGGUAUCUUUCCCUCUUUCUCUCUCCCCAAGGCUAAGCUUACUUAGAUGCAGGAAGAGAUCGACCACAACUACGUAGCAGCAAGAGCAAAAGCAAGAUCAAGAGCAAUAGAGGAUAUAUAGAUGAGAUGGCGAAGAGAGAGGUGAUCAAGACUGAGAAUCCCAACCAAUUAGCUUCAAUCUUUCCCGAUCAUCAGUUACUCAGAGCCCCAGAUUGCCCUUUACCUGGUAGCAUCUUUGAUAUGUACGGCGAAGAUGAGAAAGGUGGGGUUGGGGUGUCCAUGGGCUACAUGGACUUACUGGGUGUCCAAGAUCUUAGUCCUUCCAUAUUCGAUCUGCUGCAGCAACACCACGAACAACCACCACUGAUGCCAUUGUCUCCACCACCUGUGGAAUCCUCUGAGGUAUUGAAUUUGCCUGCCACACCUAACUCCUCUACGAUAUCAUCAUCAUCUACCGAAGCUGGAAAUGAUGAACAGACCAAACCUGUGGAUCAGGAAGAACAGGAGAAGCCCAAGAAGCUGUCGAAACAACCUCAAAAGAAGAAUCAGAAACGGCAGAAAGAACCAAGAUUUGCGUUCAUGACAAAAAGCGAUCUUGAUCAUCUGGAAGAUGGAUACAGAUGGAGAAAGUACGGACAAAAAGCUGUGAAAAAUAGCCCUUUUCCAAGGAACUACUAUCGUUGCACCACUUUGUCAUGCGGAGUUAAGAAGAGAGUGGAGAGAUCUUCUGCUGAUCCUUCCAUUGUUGUAACUACGUACGAAGGCCAACACACACAUCAAAGCCCCGUCAUGCAUCGCGGAAGCUCUGCUGGAAUCCGUCCAGACUCCAUAGGCCUUGCCUCUACCGGUGCUACCGCCGCCUCCUUUCCUAUGCAGAUCACGGAAUCUCACUUCCAUCAUCUACAACAUCAUCAGCAGCAGCAGCAGCAGCAGCAGCAAUAUUUCUACAACUUUCCAGCUUCUUUUAGCUUCAACUGCACUAGUAACAGUACCAGUAUUCCAUCUGCUCAUCCUCUUGUACAGGGGAAACGUUUUUGCACUUCGCCAGCUUCUUUCCUAAAAGAUAAUGGGCUUCUUCAAGACAUCGUUCCUUCUGAAUAUACUACUGGCAUGUAGAUCUCUCUUACUACUGACUUAUAUAUCCUAGAUUAUGUUGUGAAAGAAGAAGAAGAAGAAGAAUCAUCCCCACCUCAAAGACCCCAAAACCUAUGUACACCAAUACUAUUAUCUUCCUUAGUUUAUCCAUCUAAUUACUUAAUGGGUCUUGUUAGUUUUCAUACUUGGAUUCUUUGUAUCUAGAGAUUAUUCAAAUUAGGGUUUUCUGUGCUACUUGCUUCCCUACCCUCCAUUCCUUCCAUUCAUUUUUUUGCUUUAUUUUGGAGUCUGAAGUUUGUAACGAAUGUGCACUGGGUCACUGACUUUGUUAUAUAUGGUCACUAUGGGUGGAGAGAGAGAUUAGGGUUAGAAGUUGUGGGUGGAGAUCCUGGAGGGAAGACCUGAUUCCGGGACUUGAAGGUGAGGAAAAUGGACUUGUAGGCUUCUAGAAUUCAAGAGCUACACCCUAUGAACAGUGGAUCCCGAAUGUGGGACUGCCCAUACGAGCUUGAGAUGUGCAGCGAGGGACAAGGGAAAAGACAAGAAACUUAUGAUAGAAGGCACUUUUUUUUUUCUCAAUAGAUUAUUAAUGGAUCUUCUUUCCUU